CUGCGCAGCUGCGGGCGCCCCGCGCUCCCGCACACAGGCCCGGCCUGGCGCCCGGCCGCGGCCGGUUCCUCAGACCUGGCUGCCACGGAUUGAUUUUUUACUUUAGACUCCUCAUUUCAAAAGCAAGUCAUGAGGUGAUGGCCUCCUACUAAAAAGUGAAGCCGUUCCCAUCAUAUGUGCUGUGAUGCCCCAGCAGCCCAGGACGGGCCUUCCGUGUGCUUGCAGGUGCCCAGGGAGUGUGUUUGGUUUGAAUGAACCCCCGGUCAAUGGGCUCUGAACAUUUUCCUUCCACGGGUUGGAAAUCAGAGGCAGAGCUGAGCGCUGAGGUCCCUGGGAACGAGGCCAUUGCGGAGAAUGUCCCCUGGCCUGCCUGAGGUGGCCACGUUUCAGGAGACUUCCCCUAAGUCUCCACCUUUGAUGACAAGAGCUAGAGAUGCCCGUGGUGGUGGCCAGAACAGCGCAGGAAGACCUGCCACCGUGCUUGUGGGAGUCCCAGGCACACACGAGACCCAGGCGAGACUACACUGAGAGCCUGGGACCCCGGAGGACUGGCCUAGAAUCCUGAUUGCCUUGCCCUGCGGAAGACGCAUGCAGCCGAAGAUGAAUUCGGGAGAAGUAGCUGCUUGCUACUCUAACUAUGGAAAAGCAGGGCCACAGUGAGAUGGAAAUAAUCCCGUCCGAUUCUCAUUCCCACAUCAAGCUGCUGAAAAUCCACCGGGAACUUCUGGUCACCCACAUCCGUAACACCCAGUGUCUGGUGGACAACUUACUGAAGAACGACUACUUCUCCACGGAAGAUGCAGAGAUUGUGUGCGCCUGCCCCACGCAGCCCGACAAGGUUCGCAAAAUCCUGGACCUGGUGCAGAGCAAGGGCGAGGAGGUGUCGGAGUUCUUCCUGUACGUCUUGCAGCAGCUCACAGAUGCUUACGUGGACCUCAGGCCGUGGCUGUCAGACGUGGGCUUCGUCCCUUCCCCGCUCAUUCAGAGCAAAGCGAUUGUCAACACUGACCCAGUGAGCAGAUACACCCAGAAGCUGCGCCACCAGCUGGGCUGUGACUCCAAGUUCAUGCUGUGCUACAGCAAGAAGGAGGAGAUGCUGCUGGAGGAGACGUACACCGACACCAUCAUGGAGCUGAUCAGCUUCAACAACGAGAGCCUGGGCAGCCUGGGCAGCCCGGCCUGCCUGCUGGACCAGAGCUCGGGCGUCCUCAACGAGCAGGGCGAGACCGUGUUCGUCUUCGGGGAUGCCGGGGUGGGCAAGUCCAUGCUGCUGCAGCGGCUGCAGAGCCUGUGGGCCUCGGGCCAGCUGGACGCAGGGGUCAAGUUCUUCUUCCACUUCCGCUGCCGCAUGUUCAGCUGCUUCAAGGAGAGCGCCAUGCUGUGUCUGCAGGAUCUGCUCUUUAAGCACUGCUGCUACCCGGAGCAGGACCCGGAUGAGGUGUUCGCCUUCCUGCUGCGCUUUCCCCACACCGCGCUCUUCACCUUCGAUGGCCUGGACGAGCUGCACUCGGACUUCGACCUGAGCCGCGUGCCUGACAGCUGCUGCCCCUGGGAGCCCGCACACCCCCUGGUCCUGCUGGCCAACCUGCUCAGCGGGAAGCUGCUCAAGGGUGCCAGCAAGCUGCUCACGGCGCGCACAGGCGUCGAAGUCCCACGCCAGCUCCUGCGGAAGAAGGUGCUGCUCCGGGGCUUCUCGCCCAGCCACCUGCGCACCUAUGCCCACAGGAUGUUUCCGGAGCGGGCGGCACGGGAGCGCCUGCUGGAGCAGCUUGAGGCCAACCCCAACCUGUGCAGCCUGUGCGCCGUGCCCCUCUUCUGCUGGAUCAUCUUCCGCUGCUUCCAGCACUUCCAUGCCACCCUCGAUGGCUCCUCGCAGCUGCCGGACUGCACGGUGACCCUGACCGACGUCUUCCUGCUGGUCACCGAGGUGCACCUGAACAGGACACAGCCCAGCAGCCUGGUGCAGCACAACACGCGCAGCCCGGAGGAGACCUUCCAGGCUGGCCGCGGCAGCCUGCUGGCGCUGGGACGGGCAGCCUAUGGGGCCAUGGCCAAGAGCCUGUUUGUCUUCAGCCAGGAGCAGGUGCAGGCCUGCGGUGUGCAGGAGGAGGACCUGCAGCUCGGCUUCCUGCGGGCCGUGCCAGAGUUGGGCGGCGAGGGCAGCCAGCAGUCCUACGAGUUCUUCCACGUCACCUUGCAGGCCUUCUUCACUGCCUUCUUUCUCGUGGUGGAUGACGAGGUGGGCACGCAGGAGCUGCUUGCCUUCUUCCACGAGUGGGUGCCCCCGGGGGAGGUGGCGGCCGCCUCCUGCUAUCCCCGAUUCCUCCCUUUCUGGCGCGUGGGGGACAGUGGCCCAGUCAGGGCAGACCCCUUCAAGAAGAAGGAUCACUUCCAGUUCACCAACCUCUUCCUGUGCGGGCUGCUGUCCAAAGCCAAGCAGAAACUUCUGCAGCACCUGGUGCCCCUGGCGAGCCUGAGGAGGAAGCGCAAGGCCCUGUGGGCACACCUGUUUGCCAGCCUGCGGACCUACCUGAAGAACCUGCCCCGGGUGCAGACCGGGGGCUUCAACCAGGUGCAGGCCAUGCCCACCUUCCUGUGGAUGCUGCGCUGCAUCUACGAGACGCAGAGCCAGAAGGUGGGGCAGCUGGCGGCCAGCGGCAUCUGCGCCAACUACCUCAAGUUGACCUACUGCAAUGCCUGCUCGGCUGACUGCAGCGCCCUCUCCUUCGUCCUGCACCACUCCCGCAAACGCCUGGCCCUUGACCUGGACAACAACAACCUCAACGACUACGGCGUGCGGGAGCUGCAGCCCUGCUUCAGCUGCCUCACCGUCCUCAGACUCAGUGUGAACCAGAUCACUGACAGCGGGGUGAAGGUGCUGUGUGAAGAGCUGACCAAGUACAAAAUCCUGACAUACUUGGGUUUGUACAACAACCAGAUCACGGAUGUCGGAGCCAAGUACGUCGCCAAGAUCCUGGAUGAGUGCAGAAGCCUCACGCACGUUAAACUGGGAAAAAACAAAAUAACGAGCGAAGGAGGCAAGUGCCUGGCGCUGGCAGUGAAACACAGCAGCUCCAUCAUUGAUAUCGGCAUGUGGGGCAAUCAGAUCGGGGAUGAAGGUGCCAAAGCCUUCGCGGAGGCCCUGAGGAACCACCCCAGCCUGAGCAACUUGAGCCUCGCGUUCAAUGGCAUCACCUCAGAAGGAGGAAGGAGCCUCGCCCAGGCCCUGCAUUGCAACACGUCUCUGAAAAUAUUUUGGCUGACCAAAAAUGAACUCAACGAUGACGUGGCAGAGAGCAUGGCGGAAAUGCUGAAGGUCAACCAGACGCUGAAGCACUUAUGGCUCAUCCAGAACCAGAUCACAGCCAGGGGGACGGCCCAGCUGGCAGAGGCCUUGCGCCAGAACACCGGCAUCCUGGAGAUCUGCCUGAAUGGAAACCUGAUGCAGCCCGAGGAGGCAGAAGCCUUUGCAGAGGAGAAGAGGCUCAUCUGUUUCUGACUCGCCCUGGAGGUGCCCCGCCGCGCCGGGCCUGUGGCAGUGCAGGCCACCUGGCCACCUCCCUGAGCUCCUGGGACAGCCUUGCUGGAGCAGGGUGUGUCCCGUGAGCUGUGGGAGUUACCGCAGAACGGGCACGUGCUUCUGUGCUACGGAGACACCUGACGGUAACUGCUUUCGUCCGAAGCCCAGGAGAGAGAGAACAGAGGCGGCUGGCUCAGCUCCUGCACGCACCUGUCCCGAGCGUCAGUGGGCUCGGCGGCCGGCAUUGUAGCCUACGGCCGCGAUGGGCCCACGUUCCUGGAAAGAAGGUGCUCAGUGUCUGGCCUGAAGCAGCCCCUUCCUCCCCGACUUUCGCUGGACUCGGGCUGUUCCCAUUUCGCAGCUGUGGCUAUUGAGGCAUGAACAGCGUGGGGAUUUGACUCAGCUGAGGUUUUGUGGGCCGUUGGUUUAGGCUCGCUGUCAGCUGACAAGGACAGAGGAAGACCAGCACUUGCUGCAUGUCCAGCCCCACUCGGCCUCUGGCUCGUCCAGGCUGCCUUCCUCUGUCCAGAGACAACUUGCUUCCUGCCCGCCCGAGGGUGCCCAGCCCAACCUGGCUUGUGGCCCCGGCAUCAAGUGGUGGCUUCGGUCUCGAAGAAGGGCCACUUGCUGCCCCUGAGCAGUUGGAGCCCCGACUCUGGGAGCCGGCAGAGACCUUGGCCGCAGAGCAUGCUGGUGGGACACCCUGCACGUGGUGUAGGGGGCUUAGGGGGCUGGGGUAGGGUGUCCCACCAUGAGCUGUUCUUCAGCCUGCCAGCUCGUUUGUUAAUAAAAUUCCGAAAGCGCUCCAGGUGCUGAUGGCGUCC